AUGAACCCGUGGUCCAGUUACAUGUUAGGGUGGACAACCUUCCUCCUCUACUCCCAUAAGACAAGUGGAAAUCAGAAAGAUUCAUGUGCCUUUCCCUUCAUCUACAAGGGGUCUUCUUACUUUUCUUGCAUCAAAACCAAUAGCCUCUCCCCUUGGUGUGCAACCAGAGCCAUUUAUGACGGGCAGUGGAAGUAUUGCAUGGCGGAUGAUUACCCACGAUGCAUCUUCCCCUUCGUCUAUCGAGGAAGGUCGUAUAACAGCUGCAUCAUGGAGGGCAGCUUCCUUGGAAGGCUGUGGUGCUCUGUCACCUCCAGCUUUGAUGAGAAGCAGCAGUGGAAAUACUGUGAAACCAAUGAGUAUGGGGGAAAUUCUUUCAGCAAGCCCUGCAUAUUCCCCUCCAUCUACAGAAAUAGCACAAUUUCUGAGUGCCUUGAAGAUGAAAGCAACAAGUUCUGGUGCCCAACCACUGAAAACAUGGAUGAGGAUGGAAAGUGGAGCCUCUGUGCUGACACUAGAAUUUCCUCCUUGGUUCCUGGCUUUCCCUGCCACUUCCCAUUCAACUAUAAAAACAAAAAUUAUUUUAACUGUACCGACAAAGGCACAAAGCAGAACCUUACGUGGUGCGCAACCUCUUACAACUAUGACCAGGACCACACCUGGGUGUAUUGCUGA